ACUUGGAGCGCCUUUGGUGACGAGACAGCACAGCCACCACUCCAGCAGCAGCAACAGCAGCAGCCAGGGAUAACAGAGGCUCCUGCCUCUGCUGCUUCAGGACCAUCAGCAGCAGGAGGAGCAGGAACAGCAGCAGCAGGAGGGGGAGCAGCAGGAGGGGCAGCUGCCUCGGCAGCAGCACCAACAGCGGCUCAGAAGGCACCUGCAGCACGAGCAGCCAUUCCCGAGGACUUUUUCACCAACCUCCUCCCAGCGCCUACAGUCAAAAACGACCUGCCCUAUCUUGGAGGCUAUGCCGCCCCUCCUGCCCCCACCCCUGCUGUCACCGAUACAAGCUCACUCGCUUUUGGCUCUCCAGGAACAGUGGCAGCUGCAGCAUCUGCAUAUGGGGCAUACGGGCAGCCUCCCAUGUCCGCUUUGGGUCUGCCACCCCAAGCCAUGGACAUGCCGGCCUACCAGAUGGGAGGACCCGCUACAGGACAAGCCAUGCCGUCCGCCUAUGAUCAAUUCCUCUCCACUACAGCGACCGCCCCUGCUCCUUUCCCCGGUGCCCCUGGUGGUGCUGCUGCUGGUCUCGGUGCCUCUGGUUUUGGUGCUGCCGCUGCUGCUCCUACUGGUGAUGGUGGCGGUGCAAUUUCAACCGAAGCAGCAGCGCCAGCAGCAGCAGCAGCCAAGUCGACCAAUCCCUUUGCUUUUGAUGAUGACGAUGAGGAGGAGGAAGUUGCAGCUCCUGUUGCUGGUUCUCAGCCAUUCUCUAUGGACCCAUUGGCCUCUGCGCUCCCUGGAGGGUAUAUCACCACUCCCGGCACUGCUGCUGCCCCAUUUCAGUCCCCUCAGCAGCAGAACGCUGCAGCAUUCGCCCAUGGACCAGAUCUCUCCCCACAACCCUCCGCCUUCUCCCCCUCCACUCCUCCUCAACCCUCCGACCCAUUCGGCGCGCCUCUCCCCGGCCAAACCACCUCACCUGGUCUGGCCGGACCGGCUGGUGGGUUCGGAGGUGCCGCGCCUGGAGGGGGCGUGAGUGUGUCUGCUGAUCUCUUUGGGGCUGGGUUCGGGUGGGGGGGAGCGGGAGCAGGAAGGGGAGGAGCAGGGGGAGGAGGAGGAGGAGCAGUGCGAGGAGCAGGUAUGGGAGGUCAUAAUCCAGUGCCUCCUGCCGCUGGUGGUGGGGGGAUGUCUGCUUCUAUCGAUUUCGGAUUCCUCGGAGGUGGAGGUGGUGGUGCUGCUGCCUCUGGUUUUGCUCCCGGUGCUGCAGCCGGUGGUGGGAAUUAUGGAUUAGCGCCUGCUACUGGAGGAGCAGCAGGAGGAUCAUCUAUGGAUCCUUUUGCAUCCCUGAUGCCGACCGGGGCAUCAGCUGCUAGUGCGCAUCCUCCGGCUCCUGCUGCUGGUGAAGCUGCGGCUGCUCCUGCAUCCUCUUUUGAUGGUUUCUCGUGGUAG